CAUUUCCUUUCCCUUUUUUGUUUUGUCCUUCUCUUCUUUCUCUCCUGACACGGGCCGGAGUCCACUUCCCCUCUGCGCGCCUCUCUCGCUUUCUCUCCCCGGUGCGUCAUGGCUUCCCCCCGGCUGGAGACGUUCUGCUGCCCGAACAGAGACGCUGCGACCGAGUUCGUGGUGACCUUCCAGCCGGUGCUGUUCGGGGCUCUGGGUCUGGGCAGCGCGGCGCUCAGCCUCCUGUUCGCCGUGUUACAGAUUGUGCCAAAACGCAAAGGGUACAGAAGACUGGGCCAGUACGCGCUGCCGAGGCCCGCGUCCUCCUCGCGGAUAUUGUUCAUCAUCAGCCUCUGUGACAUUCUGGGAUGCGCAGGUAUCAUCGUCAGGUCCUCCGUGUGGCUCGGCCUGCCCAACGUCAUUGACCGCGUCUCGGUGGCCAACAGCACCGACGUCUGGCCCGAGGUCUUCUGUGUUGGCAGUGCGAUGUGGAUCCAGUUGUUUUUCAGCGCUUCUUUUUGGUGGACCUUUUGCUAUGCUGUUGACGUCUUCCUGGUUGUGAAGACAUCUGCAGGAAUCAGCACCAUUAUCCUCUACCACAUGAUUACAUGGGGUCUGGCCGUGCUGCUGUGUGUGGAAGGAGUGGCCAUGCUCUACUACCCAUCUAUCUCUGACUGUGAGCAAGGCCUCCAGCACGCUAUCCCACACUAUGUCACCACCUACGCACCAAUGCUGCUCGUCCUGGUAGCCAACCCGGUCUUCUUCAAUCGGACCAUAUCUGCAGUGACAUCUUUGCUCAAAGGACGACAAGGAAUCUACACAGAAAAUGAGCGACGGCUGGCCAAUGAGAUUAAAAUACGCUUCUUUAAAAUAAUGCUGGUUUUCUGCAUUUGCUGGGUUCCCAACAUCAUCAAUGAGAGCCUCCUCUUCUACCUGGAGAUGCAGACCGACAUCAAUGAUAACGGUUUCAGGAACAUCAGGAACGCAGCUCUCAUCACAUGGUUUAUCAUGGGAAUCCUGAACCCCAUGCAAGCUUUCCUCAACACUCUCGCCUUUCACGGCUGGACCGGCUUCGAUGUCGACUUCCGACUGCAGCGCAGGAGGGAGCUGGCGUGGGACUCGGUUUCUACUUCAGUGCCCAACGCAGCAGGUAAUAAUCCCUUGCUGGGAACCACUCUGCUCUACCAGAGUCACGUCCAGGAGGCCAAAAAGAGCAACGGACAGCACCACUCCGACGCCAUCAGCGUGCUCUCAGAAGGUUCAGAGUCUAGUACAGUUGAAAUCCACAUUUCCAGCGAUCUACGAGACUAUGAGGAUGUAGACGCUGAUGAGGAAUCCUUGGAGAACUCUGUAAGGCAUUAGCUGGGGGCGAUCAACAACCCGCCUCCCUCUACUUUCCUGUGUGGCAUUUUUCUUGUGUUCAUCUAUUUUUUGUUUUAGAUUGUGUCCUUUAAGAUGCCAUUAUUCUCCCAUUGGGAUUUACACCAGAUAUUAACUGGUCAUGAGAUUUCAUUAGUCGGUACAACAAAGUAAGUCUAAUUCUUUCUUCGAAGCCUUUUAGUCCUUUGAGCUGUUUUAAUCCGUCUGCAGUCGUGUGACAUAACAGACCCAUCAACAGUCCCACCACUACUUCACUGUCUCUGCAUUAUUAACCUGAGCUUUCAUAAUGCCUUAUGCGCUUGAAGGAAAUUAUAUCGUGGCAGUUAAAUGUGCGCUGGUUUUGUGAUGUGCACUCAUCAUUAAGCUUUCAAAGCACAACAGAAUGUAAUAAGCUAAUAUCUUUUUUUUUUUUUUUUUUAAACAAAGUUGCUGUGUAUUUUCAGUUGUCCACUUUGUAUUUUUGCACACACUUAUUUGAUACUGUAUUACAUUUCAACGGUAUGUGUUACGGUUUUGUUGGCGACACUUUCAUGUUUUUAAGUCGUUGCAGACGAAUAAAAUAUUGCUGUGCUAAGA